UCCAUCGAGUUCCGUCUUGUCUCGUUUCGUCGCAAUACGGUCAGUCGUCUUCGUCGUCGGUUUCGCGUCCUACGAUGUACCGUAUGCAUAAUAUAAUAUAUUACAUUAUAUUAUAAUAAACACGCAGAGCGCAUAACCAGAUAACCGUUAUCUCGUUUUUGAUCAUAUUUUCGACUAUAUCGUCACGGAUUACUGUAUUCGGGUGUCACCGUUUUUUUUUUCGAUCGCGUAAAUAAAAAAAAAAAAAAAGUUAUAAUAGUAUUAUAAUAUAUUCUUGUCGGUCACGUGAGCAGUGUGUGUUUUUGUGCGGGCAAGCAAAAGAUUUUCGUGGUGGUGUUAUCGACUCAAACGUAAACAGCUAGGACCGAUUAUAAUAACUAGCUACACCAAAGGCGAUAAAAAACGUCGGGAACGUAUUUGUCGCAAGCCCGGCCAGUGGCGCUUUCAUCCGUUGACCGGUACGAAACAAAUCGUUGAGUGAAAAUUUUGUAUUUGUACUUAAGGCAUUAUUACAGAUAUGAUUGAAGAUCAUCGAAUUGUAUUGGUUAAUUUGAUAUAAAAAUAAAUCACAGUCAAAACUUUAUCUGAGGCAACGUGAAAUGGUACUCAGGUGAUGGACAAACGCCUCGCUAUGAUUCCAUUCGCAUUCUCUAACAAGUCUGUCCAUUAUUGGCUGUGUUGUCUUCUUACAGUUAUCAUAGCACGAUCAGCGCAUACAAAAGAAUGUCGUUCACAGCUCGGUAUGGAGUUCAGCAAAAUUCCAGAUCAUAGGAUAACAGCUAGCUCUUCAUAUGAAGUCAAAUCAGUAGGACCACAGAAUGCUAGAAUUCGCCAAGAGAAGAACGGAGGUGCGUGGUGCCCAAAAGCGCAAAUCAGUAGCGAAGUCAGAGAGUACCUGGAGAUCGAUUUGGAUGAAGACCACUUGGUCACGUGGACCGAAACACAAGGCCGGUGGGGCAAUGGUCAGGGACAAGAGUUCACUGAAGCGUUCACCGUCGAAUAUUGGAGAAAGUCCAUUGACCGAUGGGUGGAAUACAAAGACUCAAAAGAAUCCAGGGUAUUACCGGGCAAUGUAAAUACUUAUUUGUCGGUCAAUCAAGAAUUGGAACUGCCGUUUGUGGCGAGUAGAAUACGUUUCGUGCCUUUUAGCAUACAUCCUAGAACCGUCUGCAUGCGUGUGGAAAUCUACGGGUGUCCUUGGGAACAGAGUGUUGUGAGUUAUGUAGCACCCAGAGCCGACACCGAAUUUGAAGACCUCAGCUAUGAUGGAGACCUAGCACGAUCACUCAUGACGGGUGGUCUGGGAAUGCUAACCGACAGCUUGUAUGGAGCAGAUGAUUUCUUACAAUUCGAUUUGCAGUUUCAUAAACCUCUCAGUAAAAGAUGGGUCGGCUGGUCGAACGAUUCCAUUGGUAAUAAGUUGGAUUUGGUUUUUGAGUUCAACGGUUUCCGAAUGUUCAAAGAAGUAAAAAUACACAGCAGCCAUAUACCAACCAGAGACGUAAAAGUGUUUAGUAUGGCGUUGAUUUACGUCAGCUUGGACGGGGACAAAUGGCAAGAAUGGCCGAUAAAGUUUAGUACAAAGUCGGAGGCCAUUAAGGACACCGCUGUAAACAUAACCAUCAAUCUGAAGAGCAGGGUGGGCCGGUAUAUCAAGAUAUGUCUCUAUUUUUCUGCUCGAUGGAUACUCAUCAGCGAGGUCUCGUUUGAGUCCGAAUUGGUCGCUGCGAACAUAACCGAAGGAUUACUAUCACAGUUCUACACGCAAAAAGAAACUGGAUACGAACUUCGCCAAAGUGGUGAUACGACGCAAACGAGAAAGGAAGUUACUACAGGACCAAGUCCGGGCAACAGCACGCAGACGUACGUGGGCCUGGUCACCGGGUCGCUGGCCAUGACCGUGCUACUGGUGGCCGGCGUGGCCGUCGGCCUCGCGCUGAAACGCGGUCGGCAAAAGGUCGCGCUGCUCCAGUUCAAGCAGGCCACGCUCGGGGCGCCCAAACAGCAGUCCAUCAACAUGAAGCACCUGAAGAACGGGUCAAAAGCCGCUGUCGGGUCGUCGUCGCUGUACGGCCGGAGCGGGACCAUGUUGAGCGGCGGCAUCGGCAUCGGCAUCGGCGGCGGUCGGGUCGGCGGCGUCGGCGGACAUGUCGGACACGAGUCCGAGGACAGCGACAACUCGUCCGUGUACCACGAGCCGUACAAGCGGUUGCCCUCUGGCAAGAACCACGAUUACGCGCCGACCACGUUCCUGUUCAAGAAGGACGUGUCGGCGUUGACCACGAGCAAGAGCAGCGAAUACACAGACUUCACGAGUGUCGGCAGUUUCGGACAAGACGAUGUUAAAUACUCGUCGCCGUCGAUGUACACACUAAACCCACCGCCGCCACCUAGCACCAGACCGCCGCCACUCUUACAACAGCAAUCGGAACAGCUGAACAAAUCGCUGCCGGCAAACCUGCACAAUUACUAUGCGGCUAUCGAUAUAAUCAAAACGGAACGCAAAGAGCAGCAUUUCACGCCGGGCGUGUUCACGUGCAUGAAACUGCCGGAAGACAAACAGGAUGAAUGCAGUCAAACGUCACUGUACGAGAUAUCUCGAAAUCGAUUGCGAGUGAUCGAAAAACUAGGCGAAGGCAAUUUCGGAAUGAUCCACUUAUGCGAAACGGAUGGGAUACCCGAGUACAAUGCCACGUCGACGUUCCACAAAAGACAAGUGAUCGUCAAAUCGCUUCGUCGUGGCUGUGGUGAACAAAACAAACAAGACGUGAUGAGAGAGACUAAAUGUCUGUAUACCGUUCGGGAUCCAAAUUUGGCACGUAUUGUGGGCGUUUGCAGCCCUGAUGAACCUCUAUGCAUAAUACAGGAAUAUUGCGAAUACGGCGACUUGCCGAGUUUCUUGAAGGUCCAAACCACAGAAUCUACUGAAGCUCAUCCAACAAUCAAUUACGGAUGUUUGCUAUACUUUGCCACUCAGAUCGCAUCGGGCAUGAAACAUUUAGAGGGUAAAGGGAUUGUCCACAGAGACUUAGCCGCGAGAAAUUGCUUGGUGGGAAAAAACUAUUCACUGAAGAUAUCCGAUCACGCGUUAUAUUGUACUCAAUACGAUUCAGAUUAUUACGUUAGUGACACUAAGUCGAGAUUGCCGAUCAGAUGGAUGUCGUGGGAAAGUUUACUUCUGGGCAAGUACACGUCGAAAAGCGACGUUUGGUCAUUCGCAGUCACCCUGUGGGAGAUACUCAUGUUCUGCAGCCACCAACCGCUGGCAGAGCUGACCAACGAACAGGUGGUGGAGAACGCCAACCACAUGUACCUGGCCAACGGCAAGCACAGGUACGCGGAACCGCCGCCCAGCUGCCCGCGCGAAAUGUAUGAGAUCAUGGCCGAGUGCUGGAAGCGCGGCGACUCGGAUCGGCCGAAGUUCUCGGAAAUACAUCUGUUCCUGCAACGCAAGAACCUCGGUUACAUACCGGUGAUAUGAUCCAACUCGCACCCGACCAACACUUCCGCGACUACCAGCACCGCUACGCACCUGCCACGACAACCCCUACUCGACUAGCGCACUUUGCAACGUCCCGAAUAACGAUGACUAAACGGUAUCGUGUUGCGCCAGUUUCUUAAUUCCCAGGUAGGUACGCACCUUCCGGGUGCUCGUCUAUAUCCUUCCUCUCUCUGACACGUGCGAAUUGUGUACCCCGCGACAUCCCUGUACCUCUGCAGGGAUGAUUUCACGGAACACCAUGUCCAAUACCCUUCCAUCGCCCAUCCGCAUCUAUGUCAUACAUCACUAUUAUAAUACGGUUCCUUGUUUUUUUCGAUCGCUGUCCGUAAAGAAUGUUGUUCAUUAAACACAUGAGGACACCCACCGGAUUUAUUUUCUCGACGCCGUAAUGAUGAUUGAUUAAUGAUGAUGAUCAUUAUUAUCAUUAUUAUCAUUAGUAGUAGUAGUAGUAGUAUCAACGGUAGUAUUAUUAUUUUUGUUUUUAGGAUUUGUAAGACUGCAUACCUAUCGUAAUAAUCAAAUAUUUUUACCCGUGAUGCCCAUAUAACAUAUUCAUGUUCUAUCAAAAAUUCAAAACAGACAAAAUCCAUGGAUAGAAAAAAUCUAAACCAAAAUAUUUAGUUAUACAUCCUUCUCAUCCGAGUUUUUAUUUGCUCAUCACAAAUAAAUACUCAAAAUCAUUACGAUAUAAACUAAAAUAAUAUUACUAUUUUGUCAUGUUGUCAGUGGAAAAAUUCUAGUUUUUUUUUUCUUGUCACAGAAUAUCAAAUCAUUUUUUUUUGUUAAAUUUUUCGUACCAGAUUUUGUAGUUUGAAUAUUUUUGUCCAUGGAUACUUUUUGUUGUGCAUCGUUCAACUUAGAAUUCUUAAAUUAUAUGAAAAUAUGUUUUUUCGAAAGCUGGACAUUAUUGUAAUAUAAUACAAUACUAUACAUAAAAGAAGUAUUUGGUACAUGCUUGUGUUGUAUAGGAUGUUUAUUGUUCAAACUCAACGCCAAGAUAUUUAAAAUUUAUCGUUGUAUGCAUCUCGACUUCUAAACUCAGUUUAACGUCAUUUCCAGAGUUAUAAAAGUUUAUUAUACAUAAUAUUAUAUUAUAGUAUAUGUAUACUUUAGUUACCGCCUUUUUGAACAACAACUGUACGCGUAAUAUUUCGCGUGUUCGAUUUCUCGUUUGAACAUAAAAUGUUACACUCUCCACCUAUGACCCCACCCACUUUUUUACACCGGCGGUUGGACGAUAUUUUAAUUACUAAUGACUUAAAAAUAUUCAUUGUUUUAAUUGCUAAUGAUAACCAAAUGUAAUCAAUCUAUUUUACACGCAAUGUCUUCCACGAUUCAAUCCGUUUAAUAAUGAAACGUUGAAAAUUUGCACCUCAAAUUAUUCUGUUUCGACCCAAAAUACGUGUUAGAAAAUGGUUAUUACAUAUUAUAGUUUUUAUUUUAUUUUCCUGUAAUUAAAUUUCUUUAAGUUAUAAUUCUGUAUAUACAAUUUUCGAAUUUUAUUUCAUGUACAUAAUACUAUAUCUAUUGUUGUUCGAGAUUCAGCGUUAGACUCUAAUUUGGAAACUUAACAAUCUUAUUAAAUUAAUAUACGCUCUUACUUUUCACAAACAACGCAUGUAUGUGUAUAAUUAUUAAAUUUAAUAAAUUAUUUUUAUUUAGGCCAGGACAAAAUAAUUUUUAUAUAAAACUAUUUAUAUUUAUUGACUUGUAUAAAACUCAAAUGGAUAUGUAGUUAAAAUUAUUUGUUAUCUCAAAAAACUAUCCACGUUAUUUCUAUUACUUAUUACUAAAAUAUAACAUAUUAUUAUGUUUCUUUUAACGGUAGUAAAUGUAAUGCUACAUUACAUUAACUCACUCCAACGUCUUUCCAAGUAGUUGAAACGAAUAUGACCUAUACGUCAAGUGUCAUAUUCUGUUCUAAAAUUAAUAUUUAAGGGAUUUAAUGUUUUUUUCUUCAUUUUUUUUUUUUUUUUAUUUAUUUAUUUAUUACUAGCUGCGAUGUGUGAUUAUCAAUCGAAUCAUCAUAUUAUAAUCGCGUUGAUCUAAAUUUAUAUUGUAAAUACAUUUUCUCGUUUUCUUCAACUAUAC